GCUGGCAUGGACGUUCUCGGUUUUGUUAUCUUAGCUUUCCUUGUGUGUGCGAUGAUCAACAAAUUCGGACCAGUCUCUGGAGCCGAAAUCAUGAUUCUCAUCCUGGCCGUAUUCUGCGCCGUUUUCUUCAUUGGAGCCGAGUUCGCUGACUCGUGGCCACUGCUAUGGUCUGGCUUGGAGAGCAUUACCGGUCUUGUUGGCGGAUCAAUCAGGUUCAUCAUCCACACAUUCUUUCUCAUCGCCCGCGUACUUUAUAUGAUCGGUAAUCUCGCCCCUGCCGAGGAGCGAGGUGUUCCAAUUUUUAACUUUUUUUUGAGUCCGCUGCUUUUUUUAGGUUGGGUAUUAGGAUAUUAGCAGGGUCCAUUUGUCUGCAAGAUCCUGUGUAUUGUUUAUUCGGAAGCUCAGGUUGGAACUUCUAUGGGAACAAAGUCAACGCGGAUAAGGAAC